AUGAAUUUACCCGAUAAUGAGUUCAAUGCCUACAUUGAUGUCCCUGAUGGGGAUAUAUCAGAUGUUGGGGACGAAGAUAAAGAUGAAACUGUCGAAACUGAUGAAAGUUCUCAAGCUAUUUCCAAAGCAGCUGUCAUGAAUUUCAUUCAGAUGGUGGAAAAGGAGGAUGGAGCUGAAAUUUCGGCAAUUAGUGAGGAGCAAGAGACAGAAAAUGAAUUUCCAAAGGCUGAUGCAGUCAGGAGUAGUAAAGUUAUUGAUUCUCAGCGAAAAUCAGAUGUAAGCGACAACAAUACAAAUGAAGGAGCACCAUCUACACGUGAGCAGCAGCAGCAGCAGCAGCAGCAGCAACUACUGCGGUAUUUUCAUGUUGUCAAUAAUCAAGACUUGCCUGAAGCUAAUAGUAAUCGUGACAAACUCUUCAAGAUUCGCCCACUUUUAUCUGCAUUGCAGUCAUCAUUGAAGACACUCUCUCCAGAAGAAUACCAAGCUGUUGAUGAACAGAUAAUACCAUUCACGGGUAGAAGCGAUUUGAAACAGUACGUAAAAAAUAAGCCUCACAAGUGGGGCUACAAAUCUUUUACGAGAGCUGGUGCUUCAGGCAUGAUGUAUGAUUUUGAAAUUUAUGUUGGCAAAAACACCUGCAGUGAUAGAGGAUUAGGUUUGUCUGGGGAUAUUAUUUUGGCAUUCACGGAAACAUUGCCAGAGAAACAGCAUUUCAAAGUGUUUGCUGAUAGUUGGUUUUCGUGUAUACCAUUAGCAAUUUGCCCUGAAAGAAAGAGGCAUUGA